UGAAGAAUUUCUGAAUUUCAUUAUCUUUCUUCACUAGUUAUUGGCGUUUGCAUAUAACUUAAGCUUCCAAAUGAUGUUCCGGAAAGUUGAAAAGUAAAACAUGGUUGAAGGUAUUUAUCAUGUUUAUAAUUUAUGCAUUUCAAAAACCGGCUGAUGUUAUUGACGGAUGCGAAUCACAAGUGAUGCAUUGUCAUGAAUAACGCUUAUUAUGGACUAAACUUGCCAAAAUUUUAGAAAAGCAACAUUUUGCAGAUGACAAAAUAGCGUUUUGGGGUGCUUGUAAAGUUUUAAUUUCGGCUUGAAGUCCCUUCGGCUUGAAGUCCCGUCGGCUUGUUGUCCUAGACCCACCUUAGUCUAAUGAUAUAAUCAUGAUGUAAAUUUGGCGGUAAUUUCGAAUUUGCAAACUUCUGAUUGGUGGAUUUUUAUGAUUUUGUAUAGCAUUCUCUUAGGAUAAUUUUAUGAUCGAGGAUCAUUUUACAAAUUUUUGAUACUUUUAAACCUGAUGUUGCACAAAUGUGCGAAAACGUUCGUAUUAUACAACUUUAAUUCCAUCUAGAAGUUUUAGUUAACUGUACUAGUUUUGCAGUAACGGAGCAGUUUCGGACCGUCGAGUCAAUUAGUCAGGAAAGUUCUUCAAUGAAGCAGGGUAAUGGUUCACUUGAAUUUCUAGUUGUCUGGCAUGCUGCACCCAAUUCUUGUAUUCUCCAUCAGAAUCAGAGACAACUCUACUCAAUUAAAUCACGUUGGCCAAUUACGAAUAGCAUUUUGACGUGAAGAAUUUUUUCGAGCGUGUUUGCCGCAAUUGUAGAAUUCGCUUUUCUGAUUUUCGACUUGAUUUUGCUUGCUGCGGAAAAACAACAUGAGGGCAAAUUCGAAAUUUUGAAAAAAAAUGAACCGAAAACUUCUCAAUAUGACCGACUGACACAAAAUUUCAAUGCGAAUCAUUUUGAUUUUCCAAUCUUUUUAACUUAAUACUUUGGUCUUUAAGUUGUUGUACAUACCAGAUGUUGCUAGUUAUAGCGAAAACGGUUGUAUUGUUUCAUUAAAUUUCACUGAGUUAUAACUUUUUUAAACAGAUAAAAGGUAUGUUUAUUGCAUAUGCUUCAGUUUAAUUUUGCUAAUUGACAUGAAAAAGUUGAAGAUUUCAAGAACUUUAAUAAAAAUAAGGUUUAUAAAGUUAGUUCCAGAAAGUUACUUUCUUUAAGUUCUGAAAUUCUAGUGGUUUUGACCUGGUGAAAUGAUGAAGGACUAGUGAGGUAUUUUCGGUUAUCAUGAUUAACGCGUACUCCUGAAAAAGUUUCCAUUAAGCAAAUGAAAUUUUUAUAAUUUGUAAGUUAAGUUCACGCUCAUUUUAAAUGGUUUUCAUCCUUUCGUUUUUUGAUUAAUCAGGGAAAGGCAGGAAAAGAUGGCAUACCCCGUAUGUUUUGAUCUGAAGUUUCAUGGCUUGAUCUGAUUACAAAUUGAAGAAAGUUUCAGAUUUUUUUCACAAAUUGUACUUUCCCGAGACAGAUUAAAUAAUGUUACUGCUGAAAAUGAUGUUGCAACAGUAGUUUGAUUAAUGUAUUUGCCCGCGGUGUCAUAGAAUAUUUCGUGGGAUUUCAUUACUGUUUAUGUGAGGCUCUUCUCGAAUAUCGGAUCAAAUUUGUUUACCGUUUCUUGAACCAUAUUAUAUUGCAUCAUAUUAUUUUGACUGAUUUUCAUUAAGUUUGUCAAAAUGACCUGUCAGAACAAACGAAAUGUUUGCUCUGCAGUUACAAAGCUAUCAAUAAUCGCGACAUGAGAGAAACCUUGAAUUUAAACAUAGAAGUACGUCAAGUAACUCCAUGGCAGGUUUUGUAUGCAUCGAUUCAGCAACUGCGAACACUGCCAUAGAAUAUGCUGCAGAAAUGACAGCAUCAGCAAAGACCGAGCUGAUCAGCACUACGUUGAAGAAUAUUUAUCUUAGAAGGCAGCGAGCUGCCUCCAGGAAGAUAGCAAAUGGAGGCAGGUCCACUUCGAAUGGUUCCGCAGACUUCGAAGAUUUGGGAGAUUUUGUUGCCUUUUGGCUGACAGCAUUUCAGAAUUUAUUUCUCAUCCCGCGUGGCAAUCUAAAUGACGAAAGUUUUCAUCUUUUCGAAAGCGGAGAUGAUGUUUGCUAUAUUGUGGAGAAAAUUGUAGGAGAAAAUGGUGGCUUGAUACCUGCUGUCUCGGUAAAGAGAUUCACAGAUAUCAGCACAACAGACAAUCUGCAGUCAGUGUUUAGUGCAACAAUUGAUUGGGAGGAGACGACUUACUUGAACCUGUUGAUACACCUCUGUAGAUUCAAACUCAGUUGCGGGAUCUUGGAGAAGGGACGGUCAAGUGAGAAAGGAAAGUCGCAUCAUAAGCACCGGUCUUCCAAGCUCCAUCUCAGAAAGCAUUUUCUGGUAACCACAUACGCCUCACCGUUCAAACACAGAAUGGACAAGAAAAGUAGUCGCAAUGUGUUGUCUUUUCCAAAUGUGUACUUCUUAAUCGACGAUUUUGAGAGUGCUUGGGACAACGUGACUCUAUCUCAGGGCCAAGAGUUCUGUGUGGAACUCGUAGUUGAAAUCGACCCGAAGUUUCUACAGAUGUAUUCGAGAAACGCAAGUGAUGCAAAUGGUUCUGAACAUGACAGUUCAAAUGGCACUACUCCCGUUUCAGAAAAUCUGACGACAAUAUUUUUGGGCGCAUCUUCUUUCUCUCAAAUUCAAGAAGUUUUCAAAAAGCGACAGUCUUCUUCGAAUAUCUUAUCAACUGUGACCACAAUGUUCAACAAAAAGCAGGAAGCACCGACAGAGUUCAUAAACAUGACAGGGCCAAACAAAGUAGGCAAGGCACAAGUAGCAGUUUCCCCUCUUCCAAAUGAGAACAUGACAACACCAGAAACAUGGGGACAGUUAUUCGAAGAGUUCACCGAUGUCGCCGCAUCGAGCACGACACGAAUCAAAGAGCCACCUUCGCUGCACUGUGGAAUCACAUACGUAUCUGUACCCUGUGAACAUAUAAUGAGAAUGAUAUUCGAUUCUCCGAGGGAACCCUCGUUGCUGUCAGCUGCAAUGCAGCCUGCCACAUGAAAAAUUGUACGGAACUUAAACUGUGUAAACUCCUCUUUCCUUUCCCAGACCCUCUUCUUGCAUUUUUACUAAAGCAUUUUUUCCAUUCUUACUAAAUGUACAAUUGAGAGAGAAUUAGCAUCCCAAAACUGAUUUCCUGUUAAAGGUCACAACAGGCUUUUUAUGUUGCUACCUGUGGUUAAAAAAAAAC